CCCGCGCCCUCCAGCCCGGCGCUCGGCUGCUGACGCCGCGGCCGCGGCCUGAGACUGAUCCAGAAGAAAUGGCUACAGCAAUUAGAGAGGUGGGAGUUUGGAGACAGACCAGAACUCUCCUAUUGAAGAAUUAUCUAAUUAAAUGCAGGACUAAAAAAAGUAGUGUUCAGGAAAUUCUAUUUCCAUUAUUUUUUUUAUUUUGGUUAAUAUUAAUUAGCAUGAUGCAUCCGAAUAAGAAAUAUGAAGAAGUGCCUGAUAUGGAACUUAACCCUAUGGACAAAUCCCUCAUUUCACACCUAAUUCUUGGUUACACUCCAGUGAUUAAUGUUACAAGAAACAUCAUGCAGAUGGUUUCUACGGAGCACCUGUCAGAUGUUAUAAUUACUGAAGAAUAUACAACAGAAAAAGAAUUGAUAGCAUCCAGUCUUUCUAAGCCCAGCAACUUUGUCGGUGUGGUUUUCAAAGACUUCAUGUCCUAUGAACUCCGUUUUUUUCCUGAUAUGAUUCCAGUAGCUCCUAUUUAUAUGGAUUCAAGAGCUGGCUGUUCAAAAUCAUGUGAGGCUGCUCAGUACUGGACCUCAGGGUUCACAGUUUUACAAGCAUCCAUAGAUGCUGCCAUUAUACAGUUGAAGACCAAUGUUUCUCUUUGGAAGGAGCUGGAGUCAACUAAAGCUGUUAUUAUGGGAGAAACUGCUGUUGUAGAAAUAGAUACCUUCCCCCGAGGAGUAAUCUUAAUAUACCUAGUUAUAGCAUUUUCACCUUUUGGAUACUUUCUGGCAAUUCAUAUUGUAGCAGAAAAAGAGAAAAAGUUAAAAGAGUUUUUAAAGAUAAUGGGACUUCAUGACACUGCCUUUUGGCUUUCCUGGGUUCUUCUGUAUACAAGUUUGAUUUUUCUUAUGUCCCUCAUUAUGGCAGUCAUUGCAACAGCUUCUUCGUUAUUUCCUCAGAGUAGCUGCGUUGUGAUAUUUCUACUUUUUUUCCUGUAUGGAUUAUCAUCUGUAUUUUUUGCUUUAAUGCUGACACCUCUUUUUAAAAAAUCAAAACAUGUGGGAAUAGUUGAAUUUUUAGUCACUGUGGCUUUUGGAUUUAUUGGUCUUUUGAUAGUCCUCAUGGAAAAUUUUCCCAAGUCACUAGUGUGGCUGUUCAGUCCCUUCUGUCAGUGUACUUUUUUAAUUGGUAUUGCACAGGUCAUGCAUUUAGAAGAUUUUAAUGAAGGUGCUUUAUUUUCUAAUUUGACCGAAGGCCCAUAUCCUCUAAUUAUCACUAUUAUCAUGCUAGCACUUAAUAGUAUAUUUUAUGUCCUCUUGGCUGUGUAUCUUGAUCAAGUCAUUCCAGGGGAAUUUGGCUUACGGAGAUCAUCUUUAUAUUUUCUGCAGCCAUCUUAUUGGUCAAAGAGCAAAAGAAAUUAUAAGGAGCUAUCAGAGGGCAAUGUUAAUGGAAGUAUUAGUUUUAGUGAAAUUGUUGAGCCUGUUUCUUCAGAAUUCAUAGGAAAAGAAGCCAUUAGAAUCAGUGGUAUUCAGAAGACCUACAGAAAGAAAGGUGAAAAUGUGGAAGCUUUGAGAAAUUUGUCAUUUGACAUAUAUGAAGGUCAGAUCACUGCAUUGCUUGGCCACAGUGGGACAGGAAAGAGCACACUGAUGAAUAUUCUUUGUGGACUCUGCCCACCUUCUGAUGGGUUUGCAUCAAUAUAUGGACACAGAGUCUCAGAAAUAGAUGAAAUGUUUGAAGCAAGGAAAAUGAUCGGCAUUUGUCCACAGUUAGAUAUACAUUUUGAUGUUUUGACAGUAGAAGAAAACUUAUCCAUUUUGGCUUCAAUCAAAGGAGUACCGGCCAAUAAUGUAAUACAAGAAGUGCAGAAGGUUUUACUGGAUUUAGACAUGCAGGCUAUCAAAGAUAACCAAGCCAAAAAGCUAAGUGGUGGUCAAAAAAGAAAACUCUCAUUAGGAAUUGCUGUUCUUGGGAAUCCAAAGAUACUACUGCUAGAUGAACCAACAGCUGGAAUGGACCCCUGUUCUCGUCAUAUUGUUUGGAAUCUUCUAAAAUACAGAAAAUCAAAUCGGGUGACAGUGUUUAGUACUCAUUUCAUGGAUGAAGCUGACAUUCUUGCUGAUAGAAAAGCUGUCAUAUCACAAGGAAUGUUGAAAUGUGUUGGUUCUUCAAUUUUUCUCAAAAGUAAAUGGGGAAUUGGCUACCGCCUGAGUAUGCACAUAGACAGGUACUGUGCCACAGAAUCUCUUUCUUCCCUGGUUAAACAACAUAUACCUGGAGCUACUUUACUACAACAAAAUGACCAACAGAUUGUAUAUAGCUUGCCUUUCAAGGACAUGGACAAAUUUUCAGGUUUAUUUUCUGCUCUAGAUACUCAUUCAAAUUUAGGUGUUAUUUCUUAUGGUGUCUCAAUGACAACUUUGGAAGAUGUAUUCUUAAAGCUUGAAGUUGAAGCAGAAAUUGACCAAGCAGAUUACAGUGUAUUUUCUCAGCAGCCACCAGAGGAAGAAAUAGAUUCAAAAUCUUUUGAUGAAAUGGAGCAGAGCUUCCUUAUUCUUUCUGAAACCAAAGCUUCGCUAGUGAGCUCCAUGAGCCUUUGGAAACAACAGGUGUAUACAAUAGCAAAGUUUCACAUCCUUAACUUGAAACGUGAAAGUAAAUCAGUGAGAUCUGUGUUGCUUCUGCUUUUGGUAUUUUUUGCAGUUCAGAUUUUUAUGUUUUUGGUACAUCAUUCUUUUAAAAGUGCUGUGGUUCCUGUCAAACUUGUUCCAGACUUAUAUUUACUAAAACCUGGAGAUAAACCUGACAAAUACAAAACAGAUCUGCUUCUUCAAAAUUCUACUGACUCAGAUAUCAAUGAUUUUAUUAACUUUUUAACGAACCAGAGCAUAAUGGUGACGAUGUUUAAUGACAGUGACUAUGUCUCUGCUGCUCCUCAUAGUGCGGCUUUAAAUGUGAUGAAUUCAGAAAAGGACUAUGUUUUCACAGCUGUUUUCAACAGUACUAUGGUUUAUUCUUUGCCUGUAUUGAUGAAUAUCAUUAGUAACUACUAUCUUUAUCGCGAAAAUGUGACUGAGAGCAUCGAGGUCUGGAAUACCCCAUUCUUUCAAGAAAUUAAGGACAUAGUUUUUAGAAUUGAGCUGUAUUUUCAAGCAGCUUUACUUGGAAUCAUUGUUACUGCGAUGCCACCUUAUUUUGCCAUGGAAAAUGCAGAGAAUCAUAAGAUUAAAGCUUAUACUCAACUUAAACUUUCAGGUCUUUUGCCAUCUGCAUAUUGGAUUGGACAAGCUAUUGUUGAUAUACCCUUAUUUUUUAUUGUUCUUACUUUGAUGCUGUCAAGUUUAUUUGCCUUUCAUUAUGGAUUAUAUUUUUAUGCUGUAAAGUUCCUUUCUGUGGUUUUUUGCCUUAUUGGUUAUGUUCCAUCAGUUAUUUUGUUUACUUAUAUUACAUCUUUCUCUUUUAAAAAAAUUUUAAAUACCAAAGAAUUCUGGUCGUUUAUCUAUUCUGUGACAGCGUUGGCAUGCAUUGCUAUCACCGAAAUAACUUUCUUCAUGGGAUAUACAGUUACAGCUGUUCUUCACUAUACCUUUUGCAUAGUCAUUCCAAUCUAUCCACUUCUGGGUUGCCUGAUUUGUUUCAUAAAGAUUUCUUGGAAAAAUAUUCAAAGAAAUGGAGUCAUCUAUAAUCCAUGGGACAGGCUGUUGGUGGCGGUUAUAGCGCCGUACCUGCAGUGUGUCCUAUGGAUUUUCCUCUUACAGUACUAUGAAAAAAAGCAUGGAGGCAGGUCAAUAAGAAAGGAUCCCUUUUUCAGGAUCUUUUCAGCAAAGCCCAAAAUUAGGAAGUUUCCAGAACCACCAGUCACUGAGGACGAAGAUGAAGAUGUCAAAGCUGAAAGACUGAAGGUCAAAGAGCUGAUGAGCUGCCAGUAUUGUGAGGAGAAACCAGCCAUUAUGGUCAGCAAUUUGCAUAAGGAAUAUGAUGACAAGAAAGAUUUUCUUCUUACAAGAAAAGUAAAGAAAGUGGCAACUAAAUACGUCUCUUUCUGUGUGAAAAAAGGAGAGAUCUUGGGACUUUUGGGUCCAAAUGGUGCAGGCAAAAGCACAAUUAUUAACCUUCUGGUUGGUGAUAUUGAACCAACUUCAGGCCAGGUAUUUCUAGGAGAUUAUUCUUCAAACUCAACGGAUGGUGAUGAUUCCAAUAAGUGUAUGGGAUACUGUCCUCAGAUAAAUCCAUUGUGGCCAGACAUUACAUUGCAGGAACAUUUUGAAAUUUAUGGAGCUGUGAAAGGAAUGAGUGCAAGUGACAUGAAAGAAGUCAUAAAUAGAAUAACAAAUGCACUUGAUUUAAAAGAACAUCUUCAGAAAACUAUAAAGAAACUACCUGCAGGAAUCAAGCGAAAGUUGUGUUUUGCUCUGAGUAUGCUGGGGAAUCCUCAGGUUACUCUGCUAGAUGAACCCUCUACAGGUAUGGAUCCUAAAGCGAAACAGCAUAUGUGGCGAGCAAUUCGAACUGCAUUUAAAAACAAAAAGCGGGCUGCUGUGCUUACCACUCACUACAUGGAGGAGGCAGAGGCUGUCUGUGACCGCGUGGCUGUCAUGGUGUCUGGGCAGUUGAGAUGCAUCGGGACAGUCCAACAUUUGAAGAGUAAAUUUGGAAAAGGCUAUUUUUUGGAAAUUAAAUUAAAGGACUGGAUAGAAAACCUAGAAAUAGACCGCCUUCACAGAGAAAUUCAGUAUAUUUUCCCAAAUGCAAGCCGUCAAGAAAGUUUUUCUUCUAUUUUGGCUUACAAAAUUCCUAAGGAAGAUGUUCAGUCCCUUUCACAAUCUUUUUCUAAGCUGGAAGAAGCUAAACAUACUUUUGCCAUUGAAGAAUAUAGCUUUUCUCAAGCAACACUGGAACAGGUUUUUGUAGAACUCACAAAAGAACAAGAGGAAGAAGACAAUAGUUGUGGAACUUUAAACAGCACACUUUGGUGGGGAAGAACACAGGGAGACAGAGUGGUAUUUUGAAUUUAUAUUGUUCAGUUUGCUUACCGUAUUGACUUUUUUCCACUUUAUUUUAACAUUGGUUUAAAAGGUUUAUUAUUUGAGUGGUGACUGGAGAAACCAUGAAAGCUCUUGGGAUUUUCCUAAGUUCCCUUAAUUGAAAUGCUGUGGUUUUGUGUUUUGCUUUUCUUUAAAUAAAACUUAUGUAUAAUUAAUUGGAACAUCAUGUUGUAUCUGAAGUAUAUUGAACUAAUCUGUAUGUAAAGUUGAAUAUUUACUCUUUCACCUUUCUGAAACAAUACUCCUGAAUUUAUGGCUUAAGGAAGUAAUAGUAGAAUUAUUUUGAGCAGUUAUCUUUAUUUUUACAUUGACACCAUCUUGUUACAUACUGUCCCAAUCUAAAUAAAAGUACCGAAUACAUAAAGAACAGAUAGAAAAGAAACAUAAACUAAAAAUUUCUUGUUUCUCAUUCUUAAUUUCUGAAAGAAACUUUGAGUGCGAGUUGGCUUUCUAAAAAGCUGAAGCAUAAACUCUCAGCGCAGAUAGAGGUUUGUAGAAAGUGACGUCCAAUAGGAGAUGUUCAUCAGUUCAGUAAGUGUAAUAGGACCUUGUUCUGUUAAAUGGGUGACUUAGGUAUUUGGAGUUAUAUUUCUUUUGCCUGUAGUAGAUUUGGCAGUGUUUUAAUUAUUAUAAUUAAAGAAAGAUUGUGGCUGGAAUCUCUAUGUAGUAGUCUGAUUCUUUGUAGCUAGAAUGAUAGGAUCUUCCUUUCUUAUCCACCCUUUGUGGAAGAUAUAAAUUUUUUGCCCUCUUCGUUCUGAAGGGCACAUUUUGUUUUACUCUAGAAUAAAAUAAUUUUUUGGUUAUCACUUUUAUUGGUAAAGUUUAUUUGAUUAUCUCUCUCCUCUACAAAGUUUUGAGUAGAUGAGUGUGUAGAUUUAUUUAGUAACUCACCUCAAACUCACUUUGGAAUGUGGUGGGAUAUAAAUGAAGUUUGAGGGAGUAAAUUAAGGAUCAACAGAAAACUAUACAGAAUGCUCUUUAAUAAGAAACCAGAAUUUCACUCUGUGAGAGAGUCGAAGUAAGACUAUGGUUAAGGAAAUCUUAGAACUCUUAAAAAUACUUCUGUAGAACCCAGGUAUGGACUAUAGACAUAAUAUAGUAUAAAUAAUACUAGUUGACAUUAUAUUUCAACAAGCUAAGUCAAAAUAUUGACUCUUCAAAAACAAGUAAAUUGAAAGUGUGAUUAUUGCAUUACCAAGAGUCUUACAGAACAACAGAAGGAUUUGGUACUGAGUUAAUUUAAUGACCUUUUAAUUAUGAAGUUAUUAUUUACAUAGCUAAUACUUAGUGAGCUCCUAGCUCUACUGUGUAAAAAGACAUCUGUAAUUUUAGGUUCUAGCAGUUGGUUUAAAAUAGUGUUCCUUUCUCAGUCUCAGGACAAGGUGUAUGAUGUCAUUUCCUUCCCUUGCUUUGGCUACUGCCAUAGACAUUGCUAAAAGAUACCUGCUUUACCAGCUGUUUGAGAGGUCUUCUAACUAAUCUAAAUGAGCUGUCAUACAAUCUCUGCUUGGAUUUUAUAACCACAGCUAAAUUAUUCUUGUAAGAUUUCAUUUUAAUCUUGAAUUAUCAGGUCACAGCCUCAUAUUGCAAAACUUUGAGAUUCUUCCCUUGAGAACCUCACUUUUACAUCUUUAAGAAAAGUUACAACUUUUACUAAACUUUAGUAGAGCAUGAGAAAUACCAUUCAAGAUGCAUUUGAAAGAAAAUCUUUACCUUUACAGAUAAAUUAAUAAAGGGCACACCGCAUUUUCUAAGCAAAUCAUUACUAAAUGGUGCCAUAAGUUUAGACAUCUCUUAGUAUCCAAUACUCAAAUAGAUACCUUGGGCUUCUCUUUUGGGUUGUGUUUUUGAAGCUCUCUAUUACCUUAAACACUUGACCUCAGCGUAAGAAACCUAAGUAUCUGUAGUUUACUAGGGCAGGCACUGGAAAGGUAGAUUUUUAGAACUCCACCAGACCAAGGAAGAUUUGUGUUACUUUAGACUAGAGUGUGACUGACAUAGAACGUAAUCUGCCAUUGGGUCUCCUUCACUUUAGAUCUGUGAAUGUGUGAUCAAUGCAAAGUAAAUUUUCUUUUUCUUUAAAGCUGAGAUUAUACUGACUAGUCAAAAUACUUUUAAUCUAUGUUGGUCAUUCAGUUACUUUGCAAUUAUUGUGCUCUUAGGACAAUAAGGAAAGUUUCGUUAAUUUUUUUAGUUCUUACAUACUGAGACUGAAUAUGUUAUAAUUUAUUUGUAGGAAUGUUCUGUUUCCUUAUUCACAGUAAUAAAAAAAAUUUCCUAUUCAGAAGUAUAAUUUAACUAAACACUUAGGAAAGCAGUGGAAAGUGAGGUGGGAAGAAAAGGAGACAGGAAGUCAAAUGUGAAGUUUAUUUACAGUAUAUAGUUCAUGGUUUUAAAUACAUAUUACCUUAUUUCAAAAUGUCUUAAAUUACACAUGUCAAAACUUUCUAUAGCAUUACAAAUAAAUGUAAGGCAAAAGUUGAAAAAACAACUUACAUUUUUCAUUCACAUUCAAAUGUUAAAAGACCAGACUUUACCGAGUGACUGUGGUUCCUGACUAAUAAAGCAAACCUGUCUGCAGUGAUUAGGAGCCAAGCAAAAACAAAAAAUGAAAAACUUUAUGAUGAGUGGACUUUACAUUUCACUUUGUGGGCUCUUAACAUUUUUUUCCAGAGCUCAGUAAAAGAUUAUAGGUUUUCAUUAAAAACAUUAUUUUCUUUUAAACAGAUACAGAUAAUGAUUUUAACCAUUUAACUUUUUAUAGUAAGUUAAUUCAACAGUUAAUGGCUGUUUCAAGCAGUGGAUUCUUUGGAUAGAAAGAUUAUCAGUUUCGCAUCUUACUGUAUUAGGAGGCAUGUAGAUACUUAAAUAACUAUAAUAUAAUAUAACAAAUGCUUUGCUAAUGGUCCUAACAAAAAAAUAUUGGAGCACAAUUCUAUUUAGGUGAAAUGUUGUUACUGGUUUGUGAUGGGCACAUUUCAUUCUGAUUGUACUCUGAAUUUGUCAUACUUACUUUCAUGUAGCACAUAAAUAGGCAUUAAUUUUUGAAAAAUAGAAAUGCUUAUCCUUAAUGUAUUUUUAAUAAUACUAACAUUGAGUUUUCAUUUUCUUUCCUAAAAUAACAUAUUACAUACAAUGAAAGAAUUUAUUCUCAGGUGAAUAAUUUUUAUAUCAGCUAUUCUUAUAAGGUAAAAGUUUACUUAUUUUUUAUUUCUAACAUGUUACCUAUAAGUAAAUAUCAAUGAUAUCCUUUAAGAAAAAUAAAUAUGACUAUAUUAUUAGUAAUAUGCUUUAACAAUUGAAAAUUGACGACAACCCUUCAUUUUGUAUAUUGAAAUGGAUUCUUUGUUAUUUAAUACAGAUAAAUGAAUAAUGAGUGACUCAUUAAAAAUGAAAAAAUCCUGGCACUAAAAUUGUAAUUAUUUCAAGUAUCUGAGGGGAGUUUUCAAGUGAAGAAGGAACAUUGACAAUGUUUUAAUUCACCUUCAUAUUUUAAAUUUAAAUUUGGCAUUCUUAUAGAUUUUUUA